AAGUUCACGUGCACACAUAAAUAGCUUCUAUCAUCACAAUCACAUUGGCAUACUGUACUAUCUAUUGAUAAUGCACAGCACAUGACUGCAGGUUAGUACGCUAGAUAAAUUGAUGGUGUAGGCCCACCGUGUGUAUCAGUGACAGUUGUAGUGGUUAUUUUUUUGGCCUUAGCCAUGUGUUGGCUCCAACUCUAAAUCUGCCUGUGGUAUGCAUGGCACAUUCAAAGAAAAAGUGGAUAGACAAGACCUAACCAUGGCCGGUGAGCAUACAGAGCAAGUUCGGAUCCUUAUUUGGUGCACAGCACGUUCACUGUCAACAGUUCUGGCACGUUCCCUGUCGCAGUACCCUGCAUCACAGUGUCUGCUGGAACUCUUUGGGGCUGCUGCCAACUUUGGUCCUGAUCGCCGCUUCCCAGAGACGGAGCUCCUCCAGCCCAGACUGUCUUUCAAGUUUGUAAAAGAGCUGUAUGAGCAGCCGUGGGCUGGGAAAUCCCUCGUGCUCGGCAAAGAGUUGUCGUACGUCAUGAUAGGGAAGCAGGACAUGAUACCAGAGGGUUACCAACACGUCUUCUUGAUCCGAAAUCCACAGAAAUCUGUAAAGUCAUUGGAAGACCGCAUGAGCAAGGUUGCCUACAAGAAGAAGAAAGAGUUCUAUCUAGGGCUUAACCAGUUCAAAAACCUUUCAGAAAUGCAUCAGCAUGUGACCAAAACUCUUGGGAAGAAAGCAUUAGUGUUGGAUGCCGAUGACCUGAAGUCUAAUCCUUCGGAAAUGCUUCAAUGUCUCUGUACAGCAGUUGGUCUCCAAUUCACAGAUAAGCUGCUAGAGUGGGACAAGGUCAGUGGGGUACCGGGAAACUGGAUGGUGAAUGAGAAACAGUGGGAGGACCAUGAACGAGUGGGAUGGUUUGACAGACUGUUGGAGAGUACUGGAUUCAACCCACUUGAGACAGACCCACGUGUGUGUCCAUCAGAGGGACAGCCAUCGCCCCAUUUCAAACAGAUGAUAGCAGAGGCUCUGCCCUAUUACCAGGAACUCUAUCAACUUCGCAUCAAACCUCAACAGUCAUAGUGCACUGGCCUCUGUUCAUAUCUAACAGAGGCAUCAUACGACAAAUUCGAGUGCCAAGAAAUGGCGAAUGCACCUUUAUAUUCAACAUGCACCAAGCCCUUCACUUGAAUUUUACAUUUGUUAUUACGGUUGCGGGGAAUACAUGUGAACACUAGGGAAAAUGUGUAGAAGUUUGUAUAAAGAUGUAUAUAAAGACUGGUCAAUUUGGGAAUAGGCCCCCCCAAUGACACGCAUGAGUGCUUGCGUAAAUAAAAAAGUGAUUAUGAAAGUUCUUUUUCCUUUGUAUUUCUGAAGCCUAUUUAAUAGGCUAAUCUGGCAAUACGACUCAGAGGCUUUUUACUGCAGUGACAUCAGGUUCAUGUAAAGGAGGUGCUUGUGCAUUAAAUACCUUUUUGACCAAUAGGGUGCUGUGAUUCAUAAAAUGUAUGCACAAGGCUAAGAGCGUGUGCAUGAUGAACAGGGUGCCAUUCUCACUGGUCUAUUUGAUUUAUGUUAUUUUUAUUUUUUUAGUUUUAUCACACGUUUAUCUUCCUGAUUAUAGAUUUCAACAUUUAUUUUAGGAAUCAAAAUUUGAUUUGGUGUCAUAAUUCUCUAUUUUUAAUCAAGUGCCAUGUUGAGUAUCUUAAAUUCCUUUUCAGAUGAAUGCUUUCAUUUGUUUCAAAGUUGUGUUCAAAGUUGCAAAGUUUGUACUUGUUUAUCAUGUACAACUGGGCCUACUAAUCAUGAAACUUAAUUCUUUUCAGAUAAACCAAUGACAAUAAUUCUAAUAACCCCGGGACACUGUCAAGGUCAAGUCUAACAUGCUGUCCAGACUUUGUGUGUGCAUGAAACAAACAUAUACAGUUUCCUGCCAAAAGCAAUUUGGGAUGUGCAUGGUAGUUUAAGCAUCAACUUUACCUGUGUAUAUGGAUGGCCAAAUCCGUGAUAACAUGUCCUCUGCUGCAAAGUGGUUUAUUCCUUCUACACUGCUUUGUGAUUUGGUGGACUAUUAAAGAAAAGGAACUAUGCCUGUAGUGUGAACUUCAA